AUGUCCGCCAAGUUCUUGGUGGUCGAAGUGGACGACAACAAUGCUGCCGUUGAACUGGUCCAGUUAAUGUUGGAACGAGGUUUCGCUAGACUGAUGCUACUUGACGAUCUUAGCAAACAUCCCGCUUUGGCACUACGCCAACAACCUCAACUUCCCAUCAUUACUGAACCGUCUACACCAUCAAGUUCGGAACCCGGAUUUAACAUGGAGAAAAGUUCGUUACGGGAUAUCCUGUCCACCAAACCGAAAUCCCUACUGUCUGCAUGUGGUUUUGAUGACUCCAAACAAGAAAGUGAUCUGUUCGAAAUACUCGCCUGUACAAAUCCAGAAAUCAUCAACGUCCGGGUGAAGGAUGAAUCGGAUUGCAAUGAGGAAUCUUUCGCCGACAACGAGGAGCAUUCGUUUAACUUCGAUUUGGCAUCAACGAGCCAAAGUAAGCUGAAGUUAUGUUGA